CUGGUCAACAGCUUAGAGCCUUAUGGGCCGCUCAGGAACAGAGAGCGUUGGAGAGCCGCUCCUGGCAUGGAGUCUCACUGAGUAAGGGCCAUCCAAGGGGGCUCUCUUUUUACUUAUUCCUGUCUGUCUUUCUCCUUCUUCCCUUUUUGUUAUUACUCAGACAGCUAAGCUGAGCAUCUGCCCAAGAUGCUCCUUCUCCGUAGCUCCCAGAUGCUCCAGACACUGGAAAGAGCCUUGAGGAAGGACAUCCCUGAGUCUAUAAAGGUUUAUGGCACCAUCUUCCAUAUGAACCAGGGGAAUCCUUUCAAGCUGGAGGUAUUGGUGGACAGGUGGCCAGAUUUUAAAACUGUCAUUGUCCGGCCUCAAGUGCAGGAUAUGACAGAUGAUUUUGAUCCCUAUACUAACACCUACCAAGUUUAUUCCAAGGAUCUCCAGAAUUGUCAGGAAGCCCUCAAGUCUUCAGAUGUCAUCAAUUGGAAACAACAUUUGCAGAUUCAAGGUUUGCAAUCUGGCUUGAAUGAGGUGAUAAGUAAUGUCGCGGUGGAAAAAUCAGUUCAGGUCAAGAUGACGAAUCGCAAUCUCUAUUUGAUUUCUGAAACAAUGAAUAGAUAUGCGCCUCCCCAGCAAAAUAUGGAUCAAUCACUUGCCAAAACUGAAAAGCCAAAAAAAGAUAUUAACACAGAGAUAUUUAAGAUGUCCUCCCUGGACAUUGAGCACGCUGCUUUAGUGAACAGCCUCUGGAGUUUUGGGGGGAACGAGAAGAGCCUGAAGUUCAUCCAACGCUGCAUCCGGCACUUCCCCAGCUACUGCCUGCUGGGGCCCCAGGGCACUCCGGUGUCGUGGGACCUAAUGGACCAGACCGGGGAACUGAGGAUGGCCGGGACUCUGCCCGAGUACCGAGGCCUGGGGCUCAUCUCGCACAUCAUCUACCACCAGAUCCAGGCUCUGGACAAACUGGGCUAUCCCAUGUACUCCCACAUCGAUAAGGACAAUCAGCCCAUGCAGCGGAUGAGCCAGACCAUGAAGCAGAGGUGUGCGCCCUGCCACUGGCAGCAGUGGGACUGCAAGCCCGACGGGGGCUCGGCCCCGAAGGAGAGCGAGAGCCCGGGGCAGGCGGAGAGCAAGGCGGCCGGCUCCUCCUGAGCGCGCAGGCUGCUCCUCCGGCGAGACCCGGGGAGACCGAGGCAUCUUUCACCGACGACCCUUACUGUAGACCAGCAGACUUAAGUAGAACGCUCUGAUUUCCUUGUUUAAAUCUUAUCAUGGCACGUUUCAUGUAAUUAUAGCCAUGAAGAAGUUAA